CCAAGAGGAGAAUGAAUGGUCAUGUAAAGAAUAUGCAUUUUCAGCAGUUCAUGGAAUCAGUAGCAACGUUACUCUCUCUCCUGCUGCUUAUGACUGUUGAUUCAACAAAAAAUGUGGCAGCAAGCAAGAAUCAGCACUGUGGGGAUGACCUGCAGCAGACUUUGAAGCUCACCAGACUUGUACACAAGGAAUCUGGUGACCUAAUCAAGACAUAUAAAGCCACUCAAGGGGAAAUGUCAGAGCUCUUCUGCAAGGUGUCAGUGAACAACAUUCCUGAUCCCAACAUCUCCGGGCUGGAGCCCCCAGAGAAGAUAGCAAGCAUCUACACACAUCUCCAAGCCUUCUUCCCACAUUUUAAACGUGUGUACGAGCAGCAAAUAGACUUACAGUCACCUCAGAGCCCUCUGCUCAAAGAUCUCACCAGACUCAGCAUUCGCAGUAAGAGCCUGGCUGGUCUCAUAAACAAAUUUUAUCAGAGACUCUUCCCAAACCUGCCCGUACCAGAGCCAGCGGGGGGGCCAACAACACUACCUCCGGCUCAGAAUGUCUUCCAGCAGAAGGUGUAUGGAUGUGUGGUCCUGAAGACCUACAAGGAGUUCAUGUCAAAUGUUUCCAAAGAACUAAGGAAUCUAAAAAGCAAAGUGUGCAGAAAGAGGAUAUGAAUGAAUGCAAUCUGACGAUGACCAGAAGCUGGCCACACACAGACAGUUUCCUGAGAGACUUAAAAAACAAAAGUGAGUAUGAAGGUGACUGGUACAUCAAUGCAAGCCUAUUUAUAGUAUUUAAUAUUUAUUUUCAUUGGUUUCUGGUACGAUUCAUGCUGUUAAAGAACUUUUCUGUCCAUGUAAUAUAUAUUUAAUUUGUGAAAUGUCCUGUGUUGCCGAUGCUUAUUUGCC